CUGCCUGCUGCGCUCCUGCGACGGGGCAGCCGCCGCAGAGGCAGCCGCCUCCCUGCUCGUGAGCAUUGGCGACGCGCACCUCGCAGAGUGGGAUGCGGGUGCCGCCCUCGAGCAGUACAGGGCAGCGUGGGCCUUGCGCGGCGAGGGCGACGAGGCCGCCGGGUGGGAGCUCCUGGCCAAGAUGGCCGACGCGCACGCCGAGCUCGGCGAGGGCGUCGACGCCGUGGAGCGCCUCGAGGCGGCGUGCGACCUGCUGGAGGCCGCGGGCGGCCUCCACAGCGCACGGGGCGCGGGCGUGCUCGCCGCGCUCGGGGAGGCCCGGCUGGCCCUCGGCCGCUACGGGGAGGGCGCGGCGGCGUACCAGGAGGCCAAGGGCAUCCUGGAGGAGCAAGGCCGGCUGGAGUCUCGGGAGGCGGCCAGCCUCCUCGCGAACCUCGGCGUGGCGCUCGCCGCGGAGAACCUGUUCGGUGAGGCCGCCGAAGAGAUGCGCGCCGCCAAGGCCGCCUUCCGCGCGCAGGGCGCGCUGUGCGGCCGCCAGGGGGCCGGGCUGCUCACCAAUCUGGGCAGCGCCCUGGCCCAGGACUGCGACAUGACCCCUGCGCUGCAGGAGUUUGCCGAGGCCAGGGCUCUCCUCGUCGACGCCGGCGCCGAGGACUCCGAGGAGAGCGCGGCGCUCCACCUGGCCACUGGCUCGGCCUGCGUGGACAUGGGGCAGCCGGAUCGAGCCCUGCGGGAGCUCGACGCGGCGCGCUCGCUUCUGGACCGCGGCGUCGUGAGCCCGCACGGCCUAGACUGCGCCGAGCUCUUCUCGAGGUCGGGCGACGCGAACGCGAGUCUGGGCCAGUGGGAGCGGGCGCUGGUGGACCUGGCCGCCGUCCGGGAGCUGCUCGCCAAAGACGGCAUGCUCGAGACGCUGAGAGGGGCCCAGCUGCUGCGGAGGAUGGCCGCCCUGCACCUGGAGCUCGGGGAGCCCGACGAGGCCCUGGCGCUCCUCCAGGCCGCCAGGGACUCCCUGGACGGCCGCGGGGGUGCCGCGGCCGACGGUGCCGCAGCGGUGGCGUGA